ACAAACCGAGUGUGAACAAACGGACUUUCCUGCAGGACCCUGAACGCAUCACACGUGUUUACCUGCUGUUUCCUUGACAACAGCAGUUCUCCGUUACUCUGAUUAAAACCCGGUUCUGUCGGUCCCGGAUGGCCCGUUCCGUGGCGGAUCCGAGCCGGGCAGCGGUGGCCUUCGGCCGGUGGUCCGUCCCGCUUCUGUUCCGGCAGCUGCAGGAGGAGGGGGGCUCCAGAGUCCCGGUUCUGGCUUCACUCUGCGACCUGAUCCACGACCCGGAGAGGCUCUGCCAGACCGUCACCGGAGGUUUUCUGGAGCAGCUGAAGGUUUUAUUGAAAGACCCAGAUCCAUCAGUCAGAACCAAAACCUGUGAGCUGCUGCAGGUGCUGACGAGACACAGCAUCGGCCGACAGGCCGUGUUCUCCUCCUCUCUCCUCCCUCCUCUCUCUGAGCUGCUGGACGACUCCUCGUCCUCCUGCAGGAGAAACGUCCUCCUGGUGCUGGACAGCCUGGCUCAGCUGCCUGCAGGAGCUCACGCUCUCCUGCCUCUGGUCCCUACACUGAUCCUGAAGCUCAGACAGGAGGAGGAGGAGGAGCAGGAGGAGGUGCUGCUCCUCUCCAUCCUCAGCUGCUGCUCCCGGGUCGACGCCCUGCCGGCUCUGGCCUCAGGUGGAGUGUCUCUGCUGGGCCACAAACUGGCCCACAGGUCCCUGAGGGUCCGCAGAGAGGCAGCUGCAGCCCUGAUGGCCCUCAGUGUUCCUCUGGACGGGAAGCAGCAGGUGUGUGAGCAGCAGCUCCUUCCUGACCUGCUGGAUCUGCUGCAGGAUGAAGACCUGGAGGUCCGGACCAACGCAGCAGGAGUCAUCAUGAACGUCGUGGUCAUCACUGCAGGUAAACUCCUGAGUCUGGACGUGAAGGUCCUCCCGGUCCUCCUGGACCUGCUGUCUGAGAGCCCCGAGGAGGAGGAGGAGAGGAGGAGGAGGAAGGCUCUGGUCCUGUACCUCCUCCGGGCUCUGACCUCGCUGGCUGAGGCUCCGGUGGGCCGACGCCUCCUGCAGGAGCAGCUCCCCCUGCUGGAGAGGAGGAGCCAGGACCAGGACCAGGACAUCAGGAGGGCCGCUCAGACCACCAUCAAGGUUCUGAUCGGGCCGGCGAGCCCAGAACACGGACCCCUGCGGACACCAUGAUCCCUUUCUCUGUCUGAGGUACCAACAAACACACGGAGCUGCGUGUUUCCAACACCUCCACGUGUUCCUGGAACAAAACAGCCCUGACUCUGGAAUCAUCCCUUUGUGACUCGGAACAAUACGAAGCUGCAGCAAAGCAUGCUGGGAGUUCUGCUCACAGUCUGAGAAUUACAUCCAAACAAAUAAUCUGACCAGGGCCAAAUCCUGCUGUCACGAGUCCCAGAUCAGGUCUCUGUGGUUAGCCUAGCUUAGCACAAAGACUGGAAGUGAAGGGAAACUGUUAGCCUCCUGCUUUUUACUCAUCUGCUCUGAUUUAAUCCAGUAAAACUUUUCAUCCUGCAUGAUUUAUUUUUACAACAUAAAAUUAUUAUUAUUAUUAUUAAAGUUAUAAGCCUGUGUGUUGGUGACAGAGUUGUGCUGCUCUCAGAUCAGUUAGUGGACUGGACCCUGCUGGAUUCAGGACAUUGAAAGAAACAAUGUUUUUUUUUGUUAUUGAAAACUGAAAAAUGUUAAAAAUAUAAAAACGUAUUAUUCUGAAGGUUUCCCAUCAUAACCGUUUUUCAUUUUUCACAGUUUAACUUUCAUUCUGCAUCUUUUACAAACCAUUCAUGUCUC